UAUUCUCAGAAUUAGGCUCCGUCGGAGGAUGGUAUGGCAUUGAAUGUAUUCCGGGGCGUAGUAGCAAACGAACGAUCGUCCGAUUUGUCAUAUUUCAAACUAGCGCACCUCAAGCUAGUCAUCUGCAGCAUUAAUAACGAUGCCAUAUUCGAUAAUAGCGUUGUGCGUUCUGUCGCUGUUACAGUGCAUCACGGCGGAACCACGUCCCGAGUUCGCGCUCGGUGCUUCCGUUCCACGCACGAACAGGGUCGGAGACGCCGCCGACGAAGCGCAAGCCAUCAUUUCUAGCGUUAACGAGUCCAGCGAAGACUUUACAAUUCAUUCCGAGUUGCCGCUACUGCCAAGCGUGCUAACAGUCGUGCAGAAUGUGGCGGACGAGUUUGAAACACUCGCAACAGCCCUUGUCACCAGCAUCACUACACUUGCGAGCGAUUCCAGCGGCAAUGUGGAUACCGUGUUCGGUGAAGCAGUUGAUGCGGUUGCCGAUGCGAUUGCAUUUGCAGACGACACAUUACCGGGGCUCACAGAUCCGCUCGUGGAGCUGAUCGGUAGAGCACUGGUGGAAAAGUUCGAGGACAGUUUGGAGCACAUCGGCAAAUCACUGCAAGCACUGCAAGUGAUACUCAAUGAUCUCAAAACUGGUGCUGAGAAUGCUGUUGCCGAGGCUGGUCGUACCACCGAUAUAUCGCCGACCAUCAUCAGCAAGAACCUCAAACGAACGAUGGUAACGCAGCUUGUUAAGGCGCUUAAUCUGCUAAGAGCAACUGUACCAGUGCUGAAGUACACCAUUGAUAGUACGAUCGAGGGUAUCUCCAUCGCCGACCAGUAUAUGUUGGAUCUCUCCGACAAGGUGGAUAGUACGAUUGGUGAAAAUUCGAGUAUAGCCGAUGAAUUGGAUGGCAUUAUCGAGGCGAUCGAUGAUACCGUUACCGACACUAUGACGGCCGUUGGCUCCGAUCUUGAGGAUCUCCAGACGGAGUAUGACGCCCUAACAAAUCUUGCCACCACUGACAGCGCGGGACAGUUAACUACGCUGAUGGCAAUGUUUGCAGCUAACCUGGAAGAUCUCGGAGAUAGAGAUCCUACCAUUUUGACCAUGUUGAAUAGCUUGAAGGAUUCUCUGAUCGAUGUGUACGAUGUUGUCGCACCCCUGUUUUUCAUCUAUGACAGCUAUCUGGUGGAUGCACUGAUAACAACGCUGGUUUCAAACGGCAACUAUUCGCAAUACUGCUUUUACAAGUACAAGGACUUUCUGAUUGCCCUACUCGAAUCAAUUUCCAUCGAAGCGGCCGUGUGUGUCGACAAGGAGGUGCAACGGCUGGAUUACUUCCGCGAAACCAUCGAAAAAAUGCUUGGUCUACUGUUUUUCGACUUUGAGGACAUUUCGGAUGAUUUGACCUUGUGCAAUGGAAUCAGUGAUGAAGAUAAUUUGGGCGAAUGUGCUGCUUCGAUGGCAGCGAUCUACACACGGCUGGAAGACGCCUUUGGAGAUAUGUUUACGCUCGGAUACGACGUCGUUAGCCGUGAGGUUAGGGCUACUAGCAAUAGGUUGAAGAUUUGCAUGCGUCUAUCUCAGUCAGCGCUUCUAGACUCAGAGAUUCCUCAGUUGGUGACGAAAAUAAAUGAUUGUGCCGAGUUCGGCCCAUUGGCGGAAGAAGAUUGAGCAUGGCGAGAAAAGGAAAUAAAGCGAACUUUAUAGUGAUAUUUCGUUGUUUUUCUAUUCCUUUUUG